CCCUCUCAAUCUCUACUGCUGCUCUUCCUUGCGCCCCCGUGCUGCUGCCUCUCCUUCCCUUCGUUGCUGCUGCUUCUCCUUUGAUCCCUUUGCUACUGCUCCUCUUCUUCGUGCCCAACCUCCGCUGCUGCUCCUCUUUCCUGCUGCAUCCCUGCUGCUGCUACUCCCUCUCACCACGCCUCUGCUGCUCUCUUUCCCCUCCUGCUGCUGCUCUCCUCACCAUGCUGCUUCUCCUUUCUGCUUCUCCUCUUGCUGCUGCUGCCCGCCCCCGACCUCCUGCUGCUAUCUCUCUCUACUUCCCCUGCUACCUUUCUUCUCUGAACCUACCUACUGCUUCUCUCUCUCUCUCUGAAAUUGUUGUAGUACUAAGAUUUGUAAGACAGUGUACUACAACCUGUUAAUUGUUCAGUUCAGAUUUUUGCUUGUUUAGUAUUAUUCUGUUGAUCUGUCCUAAUCUUGUGGCUAGUAUAAUUUCGUUUCUGUUGUUACUUGUGUAACCUGAACCGAGGUUAGUAUCCUAUUUGCAUAUGUGUGUUUUGUGUGUUCUGUAGUCCCUGUAUUAGUUACGUACCUGUGAUAUAUAAAUGUGUGUGUGCGUGUGUGUGUGUGUGUGUGUGUGUAAUUCAUCAAAAUAUAUUGUUGUGUGAUGAUGAUAUAUGUUCAGUCUAGAGACACGUUGUUUUUCUUGCUUUGUAGAUCGAUGUGAACUAGUACUCUUGUGUGUUUCUGUUGUCACUAGUUAAAUUGAUCACCUAUGUACUACUUGUUGUAGAAACUUGUUACAUUAGUCCUUGUGCUAGCUAUGCACCUGUGAUAAAUAUGUGUGUGAUGUGAAACAUUUCUGUUCUGUCCUAUAAUAUUGUUUCCUCCCUCUUUUGCUUGUCAUUAUGCUAUAUGUGUUCAUGUCCUAAUGUUUCCCUUUAUGUUAGUUUCUAAUUUCUCAUGCCUAAUAAAAAUACCAAAAGAGAGCAAGUAAGAUCUGAUCCUCCCUUUGCUAUUUUGCCUUUUCUUUGUGGAUCAUCUUCGGGAGCAACCUUGUUUAGUUUAGGUUUAUUUUCUUGCAGCCAUAAUCUCAAUUGUGUUACCUAGAUUUAGCUGAGCAUAGUCGCCGUCGCCUAGUCCCUGAGGGGAACACGACACUCGCGAUUUGGGCGAAAUAUCCCACCGCAUUUACAAACGAUCAUUUUGGCGCCGUUGCCGGGGACUAGCAUCGAGUGACAGUGUUAGGCUAUAGACUAGGUUUUUCUUGUUUUCAUUUUGUGCCAUAUAUUUGUGAUAUAUCUCUAGCCACUAACCCCUGUUCUAGGUAGUAUCUUUUUGUCUUCUUUUCCUUUUUUGCAGGUUGGAUUAUCCUCUCGGAAAUGGCAUUCUAUUCGGAUCAUCAGGCUUAUGCGAGCAACACUACAAACAACAUGAAAAGAAUUCAAGAACUGAUAAGUAAGAUUUCCCAUCGAUUAGAUGAUUUAGCUCGGCAGCGAGAAGUAGUUUUUGUGGAUAGUCCUAGCUCUUAUGAUCCUUAUUCUGGAGGCCAUCCUUAUGUUGCUCCUACUUGCCAUAUUUGUGGAUUUCAGGGCCAUUCGCUCGCUGAAUGUCAGCGUGGUUACUCUCGCCCUCCAGAUUGUUUUGGCAUGAGCUUUGCUCAAGAGCAUAGCUCAUACCAAAACAAUUACUCACAUGGGUGGCCUGAGAACCCGAAUAUGUCAUUUAGGAGCAACAACCCUGAGAUCUUAUCAUUUGCCUCUAGUAAUCCAAUGCAGGGAUUUAGGUAUGAAGAGGAGAGCCACAACUAUGCUCCACAACAGUUUUAUUCACCUCCUACUCAUAUACCGCAGCACCAGGAGAUGUGUCCAAUGGAGUUAAAUGGUCCUCCAUUUGGUCAACCAACAACUUCAGCACCUAAUGAGUCGGUAGAGCAAUCUCAUGUGCAAGUGCCCACACAAGAUGAGUUCGAUGACAUAGACAAACUCACACUUUUGAGUCUCGAGUUCACUUGGAGUGCCGAGGAUGAUCCUAUUAGGAAGGUUAUACUAGAGGAAAUGAAGAGGAUCAAGAGUGGAAAAGAGCUAGUGGAAGAAGUAAGGAAGAUUGAGAAGAGCAUCAAUGCUGGCAGCACUAUUUCUUCACAACUAGAGCUGAGUAUUUCUGGGAUAUCCUUUGAUACAUGUGAGGCUCCAACACCGUCACAUCCAGCUGAGCAAGAUAGAAAAAGUCCAGAGGAAGAGAGACCUUAGAUUGAAGUUGAACUCAAGGAACAAGAUGAUCAAGAGCUACAAUUUCCAAGUGAUCAAGUUGAAGACUCAUCAUCUACUACUCCUAAAGAAGUACAAGAAGCUGUUGUAGAUGAAGAUGAAGAACCUGAGAUUCAUUGGCCUAUUGUCAUACAUGAACCUGAUAUGUCAGGUUUACCCAAUCCUCUUGAUGACAUGCUGCCUUGUGAUUUCUUUGCUUCUAACUUGCAUUGCAUGAUGCCAUCACUUAAGGUAGAUUUGAAAAACUAUUUGCUUGGACAUGAUCAUACACACCCUGUUAGUGGCAUUGCUCAUAUCUCUGUUCAUGAUACUUAUGUUCCUGAUGCUAUACACAUGCUUAAUGAAACGUGUGAUUCUAAUACUAGCAUUGAGCUUACUGAAUUGUACCAUCCUAAACAUGUGCUUUAUAGCUAUGCUUAUGUAAUUGGGUACUCUAUUGAUGAUUUAGAGGGCAUUACCCUUGUCACUUGUAUCGCCUCCUUGGUUGAGUGCUCUUUCAGCUUGUUGCUUGUGCACGAUCCACUACAUGCUGGCCAAGUUCGAGAUGACAUUCCUUGGGACCCCGGUGGACCCAUGGCAUGGGGAUGAGGAGAAGCAAGGAGCACACAUGAAGAGAGAAGCUGUGCCGGCAUGAGGAUAGGGAAGCAAAAGGAGAGGAGUCACAAUGCAAGAGGAUGUGAGAUGAUCGAGCGAGUGCUACAUCAAAGCCCGGUGAGCUGUUUCAUGACCCAUUCCGAGUAUAUCAUCCAUUGAUGCUUGCUGAAUUAAAUUGCUAUUUGGGUUGCUUGUGCCAUUUCUUAAAUGUUGUCCCACAGAUUUUUCACCUUUGACAUAUGGUGCUUGAUGAGAAUAUGUGAACUGAUUGUUGAAUGCCUUGUAAACUAGUGAUCUACAUCCUGUUUGCUUUGCUGAAAGUAGUGAAAGCUAUUAGUUUUGAGUGCUCAAAUCCCUAGUGCACUAGUAAACUUAAUCAUUUUCUGCUUUUACCUUGAUACACCUAAAUCAUUAAGUGUCGGAUGCUGAGUUUGUGCCUAAUGUGUUCCCAUUGAGAGCAAUCACUUACCAUUAUGGAUUAGCAUGCUAUGUUCUCUGGAUCAGUAGCAUGUGAAGUAGACAUGGAUGAGUGAUGAUUCUUGAUUUUGUUCAUUUAAAAAAUGAAAAAUAUAUAUCUUAUAAUGAAUAAAUAAGUCUGACUACCUACAGUAGCAUGUCAUGUUCCCUAGAUCGGUGGCAUGUGGAAUCGGGUUAGCUUGGGCAGUAAUUAAUAAUAAAAAUGUAAUUGUCGAACCAGGUGUAUACCAUAUUCUUGGGAUCGGUGGUAUGUUCCUUUGGGGAGACAAACAAAAAAAACUAAUAAUUGGUCGAGCCGGGUGUAUACCAUGUUCUCGGGAUCGGUGGUAUGUUCCUUUGGUGAGAUCAAUAAAAUAUUAUCAUUACUUUCUUCAAAUUCAAUAAGUGCUUUCAACUGCAAUGUUGUGUUCCUGGUAAUAAGUGAUCUGAUCUCAAGUUUAAGUUUUUUUUGUUUUUGGGAUCAGGCUCUCUUUAGGAACCUUUUGGCACAAUCAGCAUUUGAACUUACUAAUCUUCUUUUAUCAUUGUAAAAGUUUAAAAUGGCCAAGUCUACUAGUAUCCUACUGCUUUGUAGCACUCUAACCAUUAAUUUUCACUAACUAAGUCUGAAGCAUGCACUGUUUAGAGAUCUACUUCACUGGGACAUUCUCCAGUCAGCUCACUGUUCAUUAUCUAGCUCUUGUCAUAUUCCUUUACUUGAGGACAAGCAAAAGUUUAAGUGUGGGGGAACUUGAUAAGCACAUUUCUUAUAUAGAAUUUUGGAACACAAAUUCAUCAUUUAUUGAGAUAUAUUGUCGGUGACGGUUGCAGGGGCGCGGGGUUGCGAGAAGAGCAGGGCUAGUAGACAGCACAAAGAUCGUUUAUCCAGGUUCGGGCCGCGAGGAUGCGUAAAACCCUAGUCCUGGUUUGGUGGGUGUAUUUCAGAGAGUUCUUGAGCUCUCGGACUAGAUGUGGUCAGUGCAUGGUUCAAAAGAGCCGAAUCCUUCUCCAGUAUGUCAUGGGCCUCCUUUUAUAGUCGGAAGGGGCUGCCACAGUGGCACACAGGAGGUGGAAAGGCGUACAGUGCCCUGAGCUUAUCGCUCGUAUUACAGGUGAUAGAG